GAACUGAGUCAGCCCCUCCCUUAAAUGCCACUUUAAACCCUAACUCAUGCCUAUCCCCACUGUCAGUUUCUCUGAAAAUUUUCUCAUUUCAUCAAUGGCAAUGGCGACUUCUUCUUCCAUCUGCCGACACCACCCGCCGUUAACCCCUUCUAUACCAGUUCACUCCAAUAAGCUCAACACCCUCUUCCGCUUCAAUCCCCAGAAAGAUAGAAAUGCCCUUAUCAUCCGCUGCUCCCUCCGCCGCCACCGCCCGGAGUAUAUCCCCAACCAUAUUCCUGACCCUAAGUAUGUGCGCAUCUUCGAUACCACACUGCGUGACGGUGAACAGUCUCCCGGCGCCACCAUGACCACCAAGGAGAAGCUCGAUAUCGCUCGCCAGCUUGCCAGGCUUGGGGUGGAUAUUAUCGAGGCGGGAUUUCCUGCCUCCUCCGAGGCUGAUUUUGAAGCUGUGAAAUUGAUUGCCCGGGAAGUAGGAAAUGUUUAUUCCAGUGAUGGCGAUGGUCAGGAGGUGCACGUGCCGGUAAUAUGCGGUUUGUCUAGGUGUAACAAGAAGGAUAUUGAUAAGGCAUGGGAGGCUGUGCAGCGGGCCAAGAAGCCCAGGAUUCACACGUUCAUUGCCACCAGUGAAAUCCAUAUGAAGUACAAAUUGAAGAUGACACCCGAGCAGGUGAUUGAGAAGGCAAGGAGCAUGGUUGCCUAUGCAAGGAGUUUGGGGUGUAAUGAUGUUGAAUUUAGCCCCGAAGAUGCUGGAAGAUCUGACAGAGAGUUUCUUUACCAAAUUCUGGGAGAGGUUAUCAAGGCUGGGGCAACAACUCUUAACAUCCCUGAUACAGUAGGCUACACUUUGCCUACUGAAUUUGGGCAGCUGAUUGCUGACUUAAAAGUCAAUACUCCUGGCAUUGAGAAUGUAAUUAUAUCUACACAUUGUCAGAAUGACCUGGGACUUUCUACUGCUAAUACUUUAGCGGGGGCAUGUGCUGGUGCAAGGCAAGUAGAGGUGACCAUCAAUGGCAUUGGUGAAAGAGCUGGUAAUGCCUCAUUAGAGGAGGUUGUGAUGGCCUUCAAAUGCCGUGGAGAGCAAGUACUAGAUGGUCUUUAUACAGGGAUUAAUACACAACAUAUUGUUAUGGCUAGCAAGAUGGUAGAAGAAUAUAGUGGGCUGCGCGUGCAGCCACACAAAGCAAUUGUUGGAGCCAAUGCCUUUGCUCAUGAGAGUGGUAUCCAUCAGGACGGAAUGCUUAAACAUAAGAAUACAUAUGAGAUUAUAUCUCCUGAAGAUAUUGGGCUUCUUCGUUCUAACGAAUCUGGUAUCGUCCUUGGAAAACUGAGGUAUGCUGAAACGUUCCUUUCGUGUUUGCUUUGGUGUUGCUUAUAGACUCUUGCAAGCUUAGCCAAACAUGCUCUGUAUUCUAGUUUUUCAGAUUUUUUUUCUUCUUUUUACUUUUUCUAAUUUUAAUUGUAUGCUGGAUUUAUACGUUCUGUUUAUCAGAUAUAGUAGUGUAUUAGCUUCUUGUAUGGUGUCAUUGUCUUAUUUGCAGUAAAGUUGGGAUAUUUUAAUAUGUUGAGCCUGUCAAUCUUAGUGACUUUUGAAGGUUCCUCCAUCUUGUUGCAAUAGAAAUAAACAAAGACAAAUAAGUUUUAGCUAAUGUAAUAAAGAUUCUCAAUUAUUGUUCCAAUGUUGCUUGGACAACAGAAAGAGCUGCAGGCUUAUCUGUCCAUUGAAUCAUAUUGCCCGAAGGUGUGCAUUCAUGUUCCCAUGCUAAAGUUUAAAUCAAUUCCUGCCAUUAUCCAUGCCAAGUAAUUAAGAACAUACUCAGUU